AUGGCGUUACUCAAGCAAAGCUGCUGUGUAGCUGGCCGUUUCGCAGCAAACCGCCUCUGGUCGGGAGCGCCAAGUAUUUCCCAUGUCUACACGAGCGGCGUUUCAUCUGCGGCGAAGUCUUCUCCCAGACCGACUGACAGGAAUGAAAAGACACUGAGUGAUGAUGAUGGUCCAACACUGCAAGACUUCAUUUCAGGAGAACUUUCCGAGAGAAGCAACUGGGCAGAGUAUAGAGGCAACUUGAAGAGGCAGAAGGGGGAGAGGCUUCGGCUGCCCCCUUGGCUGAAGACUGAAAUCCCUAUUGGUAGAAACUACAACAGGCUGAAGAACUCUCUUAGAGACCUCAACCUUCAUACUGUAUGUGAGGAAGCCAGGUGUCCUAACAUUGGGGAAUGCUGGGGAGGAGGAGAGUAUUCUACAGCCACAGCCACCAUCAUGCUUAUGGGAGACACAUGCACCCGUGGAUGCCGCUUUUGUUCUGUCAAGACUGCUCGUCUGCCACCGCCUCUGGACCCUGAAGAGCCCUACAACACUGCAAAGGCCAUUGUUGCAUGGGGCUUGGACUAUGUGGUGCUCACUUCUGUGGACAGAGAUGAUAUUGCCGAUGGAGGGGCGGAGCAUUUCGCCAAGACUGUUUCUCACCUGAAGGAAAGGAAUCCUCAGAUCCUGGUUGAAUGUCUGACACCUGAUUUCCGGGGUGACCUUGCAGCAGUUGAGAAGAUCGCCCUGUCAGGUCUGGAUGUAUACGCGCACAACGUGGAGACGGUCCGUGAGCUGCAGAGGCAUGUCCGAGACCCUAGAGCCAACUUUGACCAAUCCCUGAGUGUUCUGAAACACGCCAAAGAGGCCAAACCUACUUUACUUACCAAGACGUCUAUAAUGCUGGGAUUGGGAGAGACUGACCAACAAAUACAAAAUACACUUAACGAGCUACGUGAAGCUGGAGUGGAUUGCCUGACACUGGGACAGUACAUGCAACCCACCAAACGCCACUUAAAGGUGGAAGAAUAUGUAACUCCAGAGAAGUUUGCAUAUUGGGAGAAAGUCGGCAAUGACAUGGGGUUUGUCUACACUGCCAGUGGGCCACUGGUUCGAUCUUCCUACAAAGCAGGAGAGUUCUUCCUGAAGAAUUUGCUUAAGAAGAAAAAAGCAGAAGCUGUCAUAGAAGAAUGA